AUGGUAAGCCCUACUUUUGUAAUUGGAGAGCAAGGUCGACAUAACGCCUUUAAUUUGCUAGAAAUCGUCGACCUUCCUGAAUCGAAUGACAACCUCAAUGACACCUUCUACCUGGUGGACCUUCGCAGUUCCAGUGGUAACGGUAGCCGGCGACUGGAGUCGUUAAAUAAUGAAACAGCCGUCACCACAAGUCCGUCACCCCCAGCAGCUGUGCCCUUUGUGGAUGACUUUUGGGACUCUCCGCCGCCGCCGCCAUCGGUAAUCACCACACUGGCCGCUCCUGAGGUGAUUGCUUCGGAUGAUCCCUCGUCAAUCAUCACCACCGGAAACAGUAACAACGACAAUGAAGUGAACAUGGUGACCUUCCGCGUGACCGUCACCUCGACACCGGCGCCUGUGACGACCACUUCCAGUCCAGGGGCACCUUCAACACCUGCUUCAUCACCCUCGACAGUGUCUUCUUCUACGAGGCGGCCAAGCAGUAUCAGCACUCCCACCACCACCACCACCACCACCACGACCACUUCAGUGCCCUCCUCGACGGUGGCCACCCUCCGCCUGCACUCAAACACCGUCACGGUGAGACCUAAUGAGGCCAUUCGAGUGUACUCUCCACUGACAUCGGCUUCCACGACUUCAACAACGACGGCCAUGUCGACAACGUCUACCACGACCACCACCACCUCUACUACAACUACAACGACUAGAAAGCCGACGACGACCACCACGAAAAGGGCAAAGAACAAAAUCAACUACAGCUUCAACUCGGUGGAGCGCAUUCCCGUGGAGGGUAAUGAGGAGGAGAAUGCGGAGAGUAAGGAGAUCUGGAAGAUGACACUGCACGGCACGAACAUGAACUCGGAGGAGCUGCGGAU